UCCCGUAUUAAAAGAAUGCCUGUCAGUAAGGAAUCGUUUGAGUUUGGCCCUUGGACUGCUACGGUUAGCAAAGGCCCUAUCUUAAAGUCUGCUGACAGAGAGAGACUAGAGGCAGAACUGAGUCUUCCUCUUCCUGAGAUGGUCUUUGCUGAUAACAUGUUGCAGCUUGAACAUAAGGAUGGAUUUGGCGUGAGAUUUAUUGCUCUUGAGGCAUUGAGAUUGGUCGAUACUAAGGACGACACAAUAAAAGUGGCUGACGCUGAAGUUUGGAAGAAAACAAGGGCUACUGUUGAAGGCAUUAAUAACGUUAUCAAGCCAUUUGACUGGACAUACACGAACAGCUACAACGGAUCAUUAUAUCAUCUCCCAGGAGCACAAUCAAUGACAACUGAAAAGACUGAUGAGAGAAUUGAUCUCGAAAAGCUAAAAGAGCAGGAGAAGAUAUUUUUCUUUGAUGAUGUUCCUCUCUUCGAAGAUGAACUUGCAGACAACGGCAUAGCAACCAUGAAUGUUAAAGUGCGAGUGAUGGCCAGUGGGUUUUUUAUUUUGUUGCGGUUCUUUUUACGAGUGGAUGGCGUCCUGGCUCGGUUGCAUGACACAAGGAUAUACCAUCAGGCGGGUACUGAAACAAUGUUGAGGGAGUUUACUAGGAGGGAAGGUUCGUUUGAUAAAAUGAGGGUUCCACGUGUUGAUCUCGUAGAUCCUGCAAAGCUAAGCAAUCAUCUUACACUGACAGAGACAAUAAGAGAUAAACUGGUGUUUCCCAAUGAUGACAAGGCAUCUAGUGCAUGUCAUAGAACAGAAACAGCAAAUUAGACAACAUCACUGAUUUAGACAACAUGUAAUGAAUAUAGUACACUACAAUCAGACUUUAUCAUGAAUUCGUGUAUUAAAUUUUCUUGCUUUUUCUCACGAUACUUAUUUAUUCUUAAGGCCUAAUUUUAUAACAAAAUAACCAAUUUUUU